CGCGGGGUUCUCCCGCCCGGAUCCGCCCGCCGGAAGCUUCCGCCGGGGCCGCCGCGGGUUGGCCCGGGGGCGCGGGCGCGGGCGCGGCCCCCCGCGGAACUGCGCGUCUGUGCUGAGCGGCUGUGCUCUGUGUUGCAGGUCUACCCGGAGCCGCGCAGCGAGAGCGAGUGCCUGAGCAACAUCCGCGAGUUUCUGCGAGGCUGCGGGGCCUCCCUGCGCCUGGAGACGUUUGAUGCAAAUGAUUUGUACCAGGGGCAGAAUUUUAACAAGGUCCUCAGUUCCUUAGUGACUUUAAAUAAAGUAACAGCAGACAUUGGACUGGGAAGUGACUCUGUGUGUGCCCGGCCCUCAUCUCAUCGGAUAAAGUCUUUUGACUCCCUGGGAUCCCAGCCUUCCCACAGUCGGACUUCAAAAUUAUUCCAGGGCCAGUAUCGAAGUUUGGACAUGACCGAUAAUAGCAACAAUCAACUGGUAGUAAGAGCAAAGUUUAACUUCCAACAGACAAAUGAAGAUGAGCUUUCCUUUACGAAAGGAGAUGUCAUCCAUGUCACUCGAGUGGAGGAAGGGGGCUGGUGGGAGGGCACACACAACGGCAGGACUGGCUGGUUCCCCAGCAACUACGUCCGAGAGAUCAAGCCCAGUGAAAAGCCUGUGUCUCCCAAAUCUGGAACAUUGAAGAGCCCUCCCAAAGGAUUUGAUACAACUGCCAUUAACAAAAGCUAUUAUAAUGUGGUGCUACAGAAUAUUUUGGAAACAGAAAAUGAAUACUCUAAAGAACUUCAGACUGUGCUUUCAACCUACCUACGGCCAUUGCAGACCAGUGAGAAGUUAAGUUCAGCAAACACUUCAUAUUUAAUGGGAAAUCUAGAAGAAAUAUGUUCUUUCCAGCAAAUGCUUGUACAGUCUUUAGAAGAAUGCACCAAGUUGCCUGAAGCUCAGCAGAGAGUUGGAGGCUGCUUUUUAAAUCUGAUGCCACAGAUGAAAACCUUGUACCUUUCAUAUUGUGCCAAUCACCCAUCUGCCGUGAAUGUUCUCACAGAGCACAGUGAGGAGUUGGGAGAGUUCAUGGAGAUGAAAGGUGCCAACAGUCCGGGGAUUCUCGUGUUGACCACUGGCCUCAGCAAACCAUUCAUGCGUCUGGAUAAGUACCCCACUCUGCUCAAGGAACUCGAGAGACACAUGGAGGAUUAUCAUCCGGAUAGACAAGAUAUUCAAAAAUCCAUGACUGCCUUCAAAAACCUUUCAGCCCAGUGUCAAGACGUACGGAAAAGGAAAGAGCUGGAGUUGCAGAUCCUGACGGAAGCCAUCCGGAGCUGGGAGGGAGAUGACAUUAAGACCCUGGGCAACGUCAUUUACAUGUCCCAGGUCAUGAUUCAGUGUGCCGGAAGUGAGGAAAAGAAUGAAAGAUAUCUUCUACUCUUCCCAAAUAUUUUGCUUAUGUUGUCUGCCAGUCCCAGGAUGAGUGGUUUUAUCUAUCAGGGAAAGCUACCAACGACAGGAAUGACAAUCACAAAGCUUGAGGACAGUGAAAAUCAUAGAAAUGCAUUUGAAAUAUCAGGGAGCAUGAUUGAGCGGAUAUUAGUAUCAUGCAACAACCAGCAGGAUCUUCAUGAAUGGGUGGACCAUCUACAGAAGCAAACGAAAGUCACAUCUGUCAGCACUCCCCCCAUUAAGCCUCAUUCUGUGCCGUCUCAUACCCUCCCCACCCAUUCGAUCACCCCAUCCAGCAAGCAUGCAGACAGCAAGUCGGUGCCACUGACGCCUGCCUACCACACACUGCCCCAUCCCUCCCACCACGGCACCCCACACACGACCAUCAACUGGGGGCCCCUGGAGCCUCCGAAGACCCCGAAGCCAUGGAGUCUGAGCUGUCUGCGACCCGCACCUCCCCUCCGGCCCUCAGCUGCUCUCUGCUACAAGGAGGAUCUUAGUAAGAGUCCCAAGACCAUGAAAAAGUUGCUACCUAAGCGUAAACCAGAGCGGAAGCCUUCGGACGAAGAGUUUGCGCUGAGGAAAAGCACAGCUGCUUUGGAAGAAGACGCACAGAUUCUGAAAGUCAUCGAAGCUUAUUGCACAAGCGCCAAAACACGGCAAACACUUAACUCAACAUGGCAAGGCACUGACCUGAUGCAUAAUCACGUCUUGGCUGAUGAUGACCAAUCAAGUCUAGACUCCUUGGGUCGUCGCAGUAGCCUUUCUCGUUUGGAGCCUUCAGACCUCUCGGAAGACUCUGACUAUGACAGUAUAUGGACAGCCCAUAGUUACAGAAUGGGUUCUACAUCUCGUUCACGUAAAGAAUCUGCUCCACAAGUUUUGCUUCCAGAAGAAGAAAAAAUUAUAGUUGAAGAAACAAAAAGCAAUGGUCAGACAGUGAUAGAAGAAAAGAGUCUUGUUGAUACCGUCUAUGCAUUGAAGGAUGAAGUCCAAGAAUUAAGACAGGAUAACAAGAAGAUGAAGAAAUCUCUGGAGGAAGAACAGCGAGCCCGCAAAGACUUGGAAAAGCUGGUGAGGAAAGUUCUAAAGAACAUGAACGACCCUUCCUGGGACGAGACCAACCUCUAAGGAACGUCCAUGGUUCUUUCUUGAAGACCAGUUAGGAGACUAAGCUGGGACCCUGGGGCAGGGCUGUGCAUACAAAAGCUGGAGUCCAGGCAAAUAGAAACACAUUGUUCCUGAAGAGUCCAGACAUGAGGUAUCGAUACCGAGGGCAACUGCAUUAAUCUUACUCUGCUAACAUCUCAAUUACCUCAUUUUGCAAUAAGUGCAGUGACUGACUACAAAUCCUGGUCUUUCAGGCUUUUAUUGAAUCUAUAUAAAUAUUAUAUAUACAUGUUCCUUGUAAAUAUCCUGUUUUGAAUGCAUAUCCCUGAUUGUUAUAUCUGAUACCCCUGCUAGAACUUCCUUCCCACUAAUCUUUCUGAUCCCAUGACCUAGAAGUUGUGUUCACGCACACACGCAUGGAAAGCAGAGACGCGUGGCUGUGGUAGAUGCCUGACUUCUCCACCGCUGUGGUUUCUACAGUGCUCUGAAAAUACUUCCCACGUUGGUUGCCUACCUAAUUUAACCUUAUUUAUAGCUGCAGAGACACUUGAAUGCCAUUUGAAAGUCUUCUGUUAAAGCAGUAUUGCAGUCACCGAUGCGGGUGUCGCUGAGUGAGGGUCUGGGCCUGAGCCAUCAAUCCCAGGAAGUCCCACUCACGCCACCACGUCCAGCUGCAGGUGCACCCUCUCGUCUGCUUUGAGUGGAUCUGUGGUCACCAGAGUAUCCACUGCACUUGGAGAGGUCAUACAGACUUGUAUAUGUAGGCUAGUUUAAUAACGUGACCAAGUGCACUGCUUUGUCCUCAAAAGAGAGCGCUUCACUAGAAUCUGCAAAUAGAAUGUGUUGUUACACAUCACUGCGGCCGGGAAGACGAAGCGAGGUGGUGCUAUGGGUAGGAUUCCUGUGUCAGCCAGCGUCAACCCUGAGCUCUGCUUUACCGUCAGGGCAGCAAGCAUUACUGCAGAGCUCACUGGGAAAGAAGAAUAAGCAAUAUCCACCUUAAAUCCCACCUAAAUAAUGAAAGUUUAAAUGUGGGUCCAUUCCCUCCCUGUAUCCAAACUGCAGAGCAGACGAAGGAGGAAGUGGGCCCCAACCUGGCUCCGCAGCCCCUGGGCCAGGGCUCUAGAAGCCUCGCAGCCCGGCAGGAACAGCCUUGGAGCCCAGCUUAUCCUGCCGUGGAGAUGGGAUCGGCGAUAUCACAGGGUCUGCGCUUUCCGUUUCCCUCUUCUAAGAGGUGGUUUUAGUGAGAUGACUUCUUCAUAGAACAAGUGUUACGUUGUUAAGCAGAAUUGCAGCACUGUGCAUUAGAGACCGCUCAGAAAUACCUUUUUGGCCUCAGAUGUGACCUUUGAUUUGCAACCUAUUUAUUGGUCAGUGACCCUUUAAUCUUUGAUGCCUAUGGACUGGGCAUCUUUGGAACUAGUUGGUUUUCUGGUUGUCCAUGGUUCUGUUUCCAUGCCCUUGCUGAUUAGUCCCUGUGCCCGCCCAUCUCCCUGGGGGGUGGUCCUGGAGCUGGCCCUCCCGCUGCAAGCUCAGCAGGUGUGUGGGGCCCAGCAUUGACCUGCCCACACUUGACCUUUCAACUAGAAUUGCCAACUUUCUCUACUUAGCAUUCAUGAGUGCUAGGACUAGAACAUAGUGUCAUUUUUUUUACAGUAGUAUUUUUUGGUGAUGCAUAAGACAUUGUGGUGAAAAACAAUUACAUUUGAGUGUACUGAAGUUUGCUGUCUUAAGCAAAUUUUAACUCAGGAACAACAUUCAGCACCUGAUCCCUCCACCACUUAGUGAUGAGCGAAGUUGCAGCCAGCAUCCCCGACGGGUCUCUUACAGCACCUGCCUUAACUGUUGCUAAAGCGACAAGUGAGAACUUGUGUUUCCCUGUCCCUCCCCUUGCCCUGGCGGGGUGAUGGUUGAGGUGCCCGUGUAAUGCAUUACCUUUCUUCCCCAGGAUCCAAUAUUUUACUAAACUUUUUAGGGAGCAGAGAAAAUGCAUCUGAGCAAUUCUACAGACCUGCCCUCUUAUAAACAGACUGCACGCGUCUCUCCGGGUGACUCCUGAGGGGUUGGGAGUGGAUGAUGAUGGUAGAAAGGGGCGCUGUUGACUCUAAGGGUUACUUCUCUGCUCUCACCUUUCUUGGAUGAGGAGACGAAGCCAUUCCUAUCCUGAGAUGUGAAGCACUUUUAUUUCCACACGACACUGACGUGUGGCCUCGGAAGCUCUGCCCACUGUGCUCUGCAGAGUGUGCCUGUCCGCGUGCGCCAGGGUCCGGGCCUCGGAAACCUCCGGCUCUGGCGGACUUCCUGCUGUCCUCCACUUCUUUCUCCAGGACGCAGAGGCCGCGUUUACAGCCCUGGGGACACCGCGCAAAUGCCACCGACUGUCCUGGCGCUGACUACUCAUACUAUGUUGUUGUAAUUAUUAAACUGAUUAUUUUUUCUUAUGUUA